UGACGUUAUUGGCUUCAACAUUUUUGAAGCCAUGAGGUAUCCUCUUGAUAUAAAUGACUGUUAUUCUAUUGAUAUUUUGGAUGACCUUGCCCAGAAAAUGUUUGAGGCCAUGAAUGAGGAUACCCUAGCCACAACCCUCGAACAAGGAGUAGGGUACACAAAAGGUGGUGCCAUUAUCUCAAAGGAGGAAUUGAAGGACACUUGUGAAGGAAAGAUAAUUGAAAACGUCUCCUUCCUUGAAGCAUCCCCUUAUGUAGGUAAGUCUAAUUCUCCUUUGUCCAUUCAGUUAUCUACUAACAAGACUUUACCUUCAGUGGUCCAGGCCCCAGAACUUGAGCUUAAACCUCUUCCAGACCAUUUGAAGUAUGUCUACUUAGGAGACAAGGAGACCUUACCAGUGAUAGUGUCCUCUGCGCUUACGACUCCACAAGAAGAGAAGUUGGUAAAUCUGGGGUAA